AUGCCCAUUGAGUCAGAGGCGAUUCAGGUGGGCGGGCAGGUGGGCAGGAGGGCAGGCAGGCAAAGGGAGUGCCAGUGGCACUGGGACCAUGGCUCUGACUGUGUGUGUGCGGCGACUAACAGGGCUACCGGGCACCCACGACCGACAAGUGAAGCUCAUUCUGAGCAGGCUUUACCCAGAAAACAAGAAAAAUUCGCUGUGGUCAAGAAGCAGAUAUUGACGAGGUCACUGUUCCGUUGGCCUCACUAUGGGGCUCCACUGGCUGGGGAGUGUCUGUCUGUGCAGGUGGUCAACUGUAGCCGUGUGUUCAGCCCCAGGCCUCUGGGGACCCUGGUGAUCUCCCUGCAGCAGCUACAGAAUGCUGGGCAUUUGGUGCUACGGGAAGCCCUGGUGGAUGAGAAUCUUCGAGUGUCCCGGAUCCAAGUGGAGCUUGACCUGAAGUACCAGCCGCCAGAGGGCGCUACUGGAACCUGGGGAGAGGAGGACUUUGGGGCACUCAUCUCUGACAGCUCGGAACUGAUCAUCCCCAAUGUGGGCUUCCAGGAGCUGGAGCCUGGGGAGGCCCAGCUCGAGCGGCGCGCAGUGGCUUUGGGCCGCAGGCUAGCUCGAGGCCUAGGCCAGCAGGAUGACGAGGAGAACGAGCUGGAGCUGGAGCUGGAGCUGGAGGAUGAGCCUGAUGUGGAGCUUUCCGGGGUUGUGUUCAGCCCCCUCAAGAGCCGAGCCCGGGGCCUGGCCCGCGGGGAUCCCUUCCAGAUGUCCAGAGCCCAAGACUUCCAGGUAGGCGUCACCGUGCUGGAGGCACAGAAACUGGUGGGAGUCAACAUUAACCCCUAUGUGGCUGUGCACGUUGGGGAGCAGCGCCGAGUGACUGCCACACAACGUGGGACCAAUUGCCCCUUCUACAACGAGUACUUCUUGUUCGAAUUUCAUGAGACCCGGCUUCGGCUCCAAGACUUGCUGUUGGAGAUCACGGUGAGGGGGGUAGGGGUGAGAGGUUUCAUUCAGCGAAGGGGGGACACAACAGCUUCAGGACUAACACCACCUCUCUCUUAGGCUUUCCAUUCGCAGACCCUCCCCUUUAUGGCCACUCGGAUAGGCACCUUCCGCAUGGACCUGGGUAUCGUCUUCGACCAGCCAGGUACCAAACCCUCCCCCCCAGAUGGCCACUUCUACCAGAAAUGGGCUCCGCUGUAUGACCCCCGGGACACCCGCGCCGGGACCAAAGGCUUCGUCAAGGUCACCUUGUCCGUGAGGGCACGUGGGGACCAGCCCCCUUCACUGCCACCCCCGGGCCCAGGGCACAGUUCGGACAUCGAGAAGAACCUGCUCCUGCCGCGCCGGGUGCCGGCCGAGAGGCCGUGGGCGCGGCUCCGCGUGCGCUUGUACCGCGCCGAGGGGCUUCCCGCGCUGCGCCCGGGGCUGCUGGGCAGCCUGGCCCGCGCCCUGCACGACCAGCACGUCCUCAUGGAGCCCUACGUGCGGGUGUCUUUCCUGGGGCAGCAGGGUGAGACGUCGGUGUGCGGCGAGGCGGCGGCGCCCGAGUGGAACGAGCAGCUGAGCUUCGUGGAGCUCUUCCCGCCGCUGACGCGCGGCUUUCGUCUGCAGCUGAGGGACGACGCACCCCUUGUCGAUGUGGCUCUCGCCACGCACGUGCUGGACCUGAGGCAGAUCUCCCACCCCGGCCGCGCCGCGGGGUUUAACCCCACCUUCGGCCCAGCCUGGGUGCCUCUCUAUGGCUCGCCGCCCAGUGGGGGGCUCCGGGAUGGUCUUCAAAGUCUCAACGAAGGCCUCGGCCAAGGCAUUUGGUUCCGUGGCCGCCUUCUGGUGGCUGUGUCCAUGGAGGUGUUAGAAGGGAGAGCUGAACCUGAGCCUCCUCAGCCCCAACAGGGGUCCAGGUUGUCACGGCUCACACGAAAGAAGAAGAAAGCCAGGCGGGGUCGGACCCCACCUGGGGUUCCACAGCAGGUGGACACCAGCCACAGUGCUCCUGGGCCUGAGAUUCCUAGUGCGAUGGAGGUGGAGGUGGAGGAGCUGCUGCCACUGCCAGAGAAUGCCCUGGCGCCCUGCGAAGAUUUCCUGCUCUUUGGUGUGCUUUUCGAGGCCACCAUGAUUGACCCUGCUGUGGCCUCCCAGCCCAUCAGCUUCGAGAUUUCCAUUGGUCAAGCAGGUCGCCAGGAGGAACAAUUGGGCCGAGGGUCCAGGGCCAGGGAGGGAACUGAGGGCACGUUGGUGGAGGUGCAGCCUCUGCUGAAGUCAGACACCGGAGCCGAGCUGGAGGAGGAGGAGGAGCUGGGGACCCCUGCUCAGCGGCCUGAGCCCAUGGACGGCAGCGGGCCGUACCUGUGCUUGCCCCUUCGUCACCGCAAGCCAUGCGUGCGUGUGUGGAGCCGCUGGGAGGAUCACACGUGGCGCUUGCACAGCAGCAACUGUGUGCGCAAAGUGGCCGAGAGGCUGGACCAGGGGCUGCAGGAGGUUGAGACACUACAACGCAGGCCGGGUUCAGGUGCCUGCAUACGGCUCAAGCAGGCGCUGGAAGAGCUGGUGGCUGGGAGCAGACAGUUUUGCCAUGGUGCUGAGCGGAGGACGAUGACUCGGCCCAACACCCUGGAUCGAUGCCGAGGGAAACUGCUGGUGCACAGCCUGAACCUGUUGGCAAAGCAAGGACUGCGGCUUCUCCAGGGCCUGAGACAGGGCAACGUGCAAAAGAAGGUGGCAUUGGCCAAGAAGCUCCUGGCAAAACUGCGCUUCCUGGCUCAGGAGCCUCAGCCACCCCUCCCCGACGUGCUGGUCUGUAUGCUCAGUGGGCGGCGCCGCGUGGCCUGGGCCCGGAUCGCUGCCCAGGAUGUGCUGUUCUCUGUGGUCGAGGAGGAACGGGGCCGGGACUGCGGGAAGAUCCAGAGUCUGCUGCUCACAGUGCCCGGGGCAGGCCCUGGGGAGGUCUGUGCCAAACUGGAGCUCUUCCUGUGGCUGGGGCUGGGCAAACAAGUCAAGGCCUGCACCUUUGAGCUGCCCCCAGACCUGCUGCCCGAGCCCUCGGCUGGGCUGCCUCACAGCCUAUGCCGGGAUGACUUUAGGUACUUCCAGCUCCGGGCUCACUUGUACCAGGCCCGAGGUGUGUUGGCAGCAGAUGACAGUGGCCUCUCGGACCCCUUUGCUCGAGUCCUCAUCUCUACACAGUGCCAGACCACACGGGUCCUGGAGCAGACGCUGAGCCCCCUGUGGGAUGAACUCUUGGUAUUUGACCAGUUGAUCAUAGAUGGCAGGAGGGAGCAUCUGCAGGAGGAGCCACCCUUAGUGGUCAUCAAUGUUUUUAACCACAAUAAGAUUGGCCCCCCUGUGUUCCUGGGCAGGGCCCUGGCCGCCCCAAGGGUAAAGCUGGUGGAGGACCCCUACCUAUCCCCUGAGCUGCAGUUCUUCCCCCUGAGGAAGGGACCCCGGGCAGCUGGAGAGCUCAUUGCCACCUUUGAACUCAUUGAACUGGACUACAGUGGCCGAUUUGAGCCCUCAGUGCCCAAUGAUGUGGAGCCCCAGGAUCUGGCACCCCUGAUGGAGCCCCGCUCUGGACGCCUGUCCCUGCCACCCAACGUGCGCCCAGUGCUCAGGGAGUUCCAUGUUGAGGUGCUGUUCUGGGGUCUGAGGGGCCUUGGUCGUGUGUACCUGUUUGAAGUGGAGCAGCCCCAGGUUGUGCUGGAGGUGGCCGGGCGACGUGUGGAGUCUGAGGUUCUGGCCAGUUAUCACGAGAGCCCCAAUUUCACUGAGCUCGUCAGGCAUCUGACGGUGGUUCUCAGAGACAGUUCCUCUCUCUCACUCCAGGACCUGCCAGAGCAGCCUUACCUGCAGCCCCCACUCAGCAUCCUGGUGAUCGAGCGCCGGGCCUUUGGCCGCACCGUCCUUGUGGGUUCCCACAUUGUCCCCCACAUGAUGCGAUUCACUUUCCGGGGUCAUGAGGAUCCUCCUGAGGAGGAAGGAGAAGAGGAGGACACAGGGGACCUGGUGCCCAAGAGACCUCAAGGAAAGAAGUCCCUGGAUCCCUUCUCGGCUGAAGCGGGAAUCUCCAGACGGCUCCUGAAGGCUCCUCUGAAGAAGCUCCCCCUAGGAGGCCUCCUGCUUCAAGCCCCUGAGCUGGAGGAGGACAUCCCAGAUCCUGAAGAACUUGACUGGUGGUCCAAGUACUACGCAUCGCUGCAGGAGCUCCAGGGGCAGCCCAACUUUGAUGAGGAUGAAAUGGACGAUCCUGGAGAUUCGGAUGGGGUCAACCUUGUUUCUGUGGAUGGGGAGGCCCAAGACCAGAGUGAGGCUAAAGUUGAAGGUUCUGUGUCCCGGAAAAAAGCACUUGCCACCCUGAAGAUCUACAGUAGCUCCCUGGAGGAAGAGUUUAACCACUUUGAAGAUUGGCUGAAAGUGUUUCCGCUAUACCGAGGGCUAGGGGGCCACGAUGCAGAUGGAGAGGAAGAAGGUUCUGGACACCUGGUGGGCAAGUUCAAGGGCUCCUUCCUCAUUUACCCUGAAUCAGGGGCAAUGUCGUUCUCUGAGCCCCAGAUCUCUCGGGGGAUCCCACAGAACCGACCCAUCAAACUCCUGGUCAGAGUCUAUGUUGUCAAGGCUACCAACCUGGCUCCAGCAGACCCCAAUGGCAAAGCAGACCCCUAUGUGGUGGUGAGCGCUGGCCGGGAGCGGCAGGACUCCAGGGAGCGCUACAUCCCCAAGCAGCUCAACCCCAUCUUUGGAGAGGUCCUGGAGCUAAGCAUCUCUCUCCCUGCUGAGCCGGAGCUGACCAUUGCCGUCUUUGAUCAUGACCUUCUGGGUUCUGACGACCUCAUUGGAGAGACCCACAUUGACUUAGAAAACCGAUUCUACAGCCACCACAGAGCAAACUGUGGGCUGGCCGCCCAGUAUGAUGUGUGAGUUUGGCAGGGCCCUCAGGAGCCAUUCUGAGCAUCCUCCACUUCUGCCUGCAGGGAUGGGUACAAUGCCUGGCGUGAUGCAUUCCGGCCUUCGCAGAUCCUGGCAGAUCUAUGCCAACGCCGUGGCCUCCCUGCCCCUGAAUACCGAGCCGAGGCUGUCAAGGUGGGCAGCAAAGUCUUUCCGACACCACCUGAGACCCUGCCACCAGGUGGGGCCCCUGAGGAGGCCCAGGCAUUGCUUGUGCUGCGGCGCUGGCAGGAGAUGCCGGAUUUUGGGAUCCAGCUGGUACCUGAGCAUGUAGAAACACGGCCCCUCUACCAUCCCCGUAGCCCGGGGCUGCUCCAGGGAUCCCUUCACAUGUGGAUUGACAUCUUUCCCCGCGAUGUGCCUGCUCCACCUCCAGUUGACAUCAAGCCUCGGCAGCCAAUCAGCUAUGAGCUCAGAGUCAUCAUCUGGAACACGGAAGAUGUGGUUCUGGAUGACGUGAACCCGCUCACUGGAGAGAUGUCGAGUGACAUCUAUGUGAAGAGCUGGGUGAAGGGGCUGGAGCAUGACAAGCAGGAGACAGACGUUCACUUCAACUCCCUGACUGGGGAGGGGAACUUCAAUUGGCGCUUUGUGUUCCGCUUUGACUACCUCCCCACGGAGCGGGAGGUGAGUGUCCGGCGCCGGCCUGGACCCUUUGCCCUGGAGGAGGCCGAGUUCCGGCAGCCAGCCGUGCUGGUCCUACAGGUCUGGGACUAUGACCGCAUCUCCGCCAAUGACUUCCUCGGGUCCCUGGAGUUGCAGCUGCCAGACAUGGUGCGGGGGGCCCGGAGCCCCGAGCUCUGCUCAGUCCGGCUGGCCCGUGAUGGGGCUGGGCCGAGGUGCAAUCUGUUUCGCUGCCGCCGCUUGAGGGGCUGGUGGCCCAUGGUGAAACUGCAGGAGGCGGAGGACGUGGCUCGGGAGGCGCAGGAGGCCCAGGCUGGCAAAAAGAGACGGAAGCAGAGGAGGAGGAAGGGCCGGCCAGAAGACCUGGAGUUCAGAGACACAGGCGGCAACGUGUACAUCCUCAUGGGAAAGGUGGAGGCAGAGUUUGAACUGCUGACUGCGGAGGAGGCUGAGAAACGGCCAGUGGGGAAGGGGCGGAAGGAGCCAGAGCCCCUGGAGAAGCCUAACCGCCCCAAAACCUCCUUCAACUGGUUCGUGAACCCGCUGAAGACCUUCAUCUUCUUCAUCUGGCGCCGCUACUGGCGCAUCCUGGUGCUGCUGCUGCUGCUGGCGCUGAUCACCGUCUUCCUCCUCCUCGUCUUCUACACCAUGCCCGGCCAGAUCAGCCAGGUCAUCUUCCGCCCCCUGCACAAGUGA